AUGUUUGCCCGUUGCUUGCCUUUGUGGAGAUCCAGCGCUACCUGCAAGCCGUGGCAGUUGGGUCUCUCUCUGCGUCACAGCUGGGAGAGGUGCCAAGCUUGGAGCUGUAGAGGAUUCAACACAACAGCAGAGCAGGGGCAACAGGUCAACAUGCAGCAGAACCAAGUAUUAGAAGAUCUGGAAAUGCCUGUUGCAAGAAGAGAAACUGAGAACCUCUUCCAAGAGCGGCCCGAGACUGGGAACCAAUAUCUGGAAGAUGCUUUGCUUCGGAGUUACCUGAAGGCACACCUUCCUCCCAAGGUACUGGAGGAGGUGAGUCAGGACCUGGAGAGGUUUGGAAACCGUCUGCUAACCGAGGUCAAACCUCUGGGAUGGGAAUGCGAGUUGAAUCCCCCUGUGUUUCGGCAGUACGAUGCCUGGGGGCAGCGGGUGGAUCACAUCAUCACCUGCUCGGCCUGGAAGAGGAUGAAAGAGAUUUCAGCAGAAGAGGGGCUGAUUGCUGAGGCCUAUGAGAGAAGAUAUUCCAACUGGAGCCGUGUGCACCAGGCUGUCAAACUGUACUUGUUUUCAACCACCUCUGGAGGUUUCAACUGUCCGCUGGCCAUGACUGAUGGAGCAGCCAAAGUCAUUGAGUCACUAGGUAUUCCUGCAUCCCUGAAAAAUGCUUUUGACCAUCUGACAUCCCGUGACCCCAAGAAGUUCUGGACCUCUGGCCAGUGGAUGACCGAGCGCAGGGGAGGCUCUGACGUUGCUAAUGGCACGGAAACAGUGGCCAGAAAGCAGCCAGAUGGCACAUAUUGUCUAUAUGGUUUUAAAUGGUUUACAUCAGCUGCUGAUUCUGAUGUGACAUUAACCCUGGCCAGGAUAGCAGAUGCUGAAGGACAUGUAAAACAGGGUUCCAGUGGCCUGUCGCUGUUCUUCCUGAAGGUUCGAGAUGAAGACAAGAAGCUGAACAAUAUCCGAGUGCAAAGGCUGAAAGACAAGUUGGGCACACGGCAGAUGGCAACAGCAGAGCUAUGGCUGCAUGGAGCUGAAGCAGAGCUGAUCUCUGCAGAAGGUCGUGGAGUGGCCUCCAUCUCCAACAUGCUGAACAUAUCUCGGAUCCACAACAUCAUUGGUGCAGUAGCUUCCAUGAGAAGGAUGAUCAGUCUGAGCAGGGAGUACGCCCUUAAGCGGGUUGUCUUCGGGAAGCUCCUCAAAGACCAUCCCCUACACAUGCAGACAAUAGCCCGGCUGGAGGUGCAGACACGAGGGGCUUUUCUUCUGCUCAUGGAGAUCGCUCGGCUGCUUGGACUUGCAGAAACCAACAUGGCGAGUGAGCAAGACCAGCUUCUCUUGAGACUGCUUGUACCCGUCGCCAAACUAUACACUGGGAAGCAGGCUUCUGCCACUGUUAUUGAGGCAAUGGAGUGUUUCGGAGGACAAGGUUACAUGGAGGAUACAGGCUUGCCGGUCAUAGUUCGUGAUACUCUGGUGCUGUCUAUAUGGGAGGGAACAACAAAUAUCCUGUCACUUGACGUCCUGAGAUCCCUCACCAAGAGUCAAGGACAGGCGAUAGCUGUGUUCUUCUCCACAGUGCAGAAAAAAAUUGAGCUGGCUUCGAGCACUGCAAAACUGGAACCCGCUGUGAGGCAAAUGCAGGAUGCCAUCAGCCGUCUCACCCAGUUCAUUCAAGGAGCUGGUGCAAAGGAGGCAGUGACCAUGGAGUUGGCUGCAAGAGACUUCUCUUACUCCCUAGCAAGGAUCUAUGCAGGAGCUCUUCUAAUUGAACAUGCAUCUCGGUCUGACGCUUCCGCUGCAGAUGUCUCCGCUGCUCGAAGGUGGUGCAACCAGGAACUGUGCCCUGUGGCCACAGAGUUCAAGAACAGCAGCUACGACGCUGAGGAAUCGCUCAUGGACAGCUCUCUGGUGUACGGCAGCCCCCCCAGCACCAGCAGGCUGUGACUCAGCACAGGUAACUGGAAAGCCAUGCCAGCCUUGCCAAUGCAAAGUGCAGGACGGCAGUGGCAUUCGGUGCAGGCUGAAAUGGCCAUGGUAAACUGAUGGAUACAGACACUUCCAUCUUCAGGGUGGCAGCGGCUGGGUCUACACCUGAGUGUCUGAUCCAGGGGUGCAGCUUUGAAAUAAACUCCUGUAGUGCCCCCGCU